AUGCCGAAAUUCAACGAUAUAGUCACCGGCUUGGCAAAACUGCCGGUUGAAAUAGCACAUCAGAUUAUCGGUGACUUACUCGUCUAUGAUGUCCUCAAGCUGAUCUGGUACGACGAUCCGACCGUGGUGGAGGCCAUAAAAUCACAUCCCCAUUACAAAAUAAUGUUUGGGGACAACGAGACGAACAUUUUGCAAACGCAGAACUUUAUCAAGUCUUUAAUCAGUCUGCAUGCGCAGUUGGACUUUUUUGCUCAACUUGAUGGAUCGCUUUACCGACCUCGCGGAGGGCCUCUCGCAAGUAAUGCUCAGGCGAUAACAUUCGAUGGUCUACGUCGUUGGACCGCCAGUGACAUGGCCAGAGACAUUAAAAGCCCGGUCAAGGCACUUUUAUUGGAGCAGUUCCUAACGACACCACUAGAUCGCUAUGUCGAUCGUUCGGUUUACCCAAACGGCGUGCCUAACCCUCGCCUCUGCGAAACGGUGGAAGAGCUAGAGGGAUGUAUUGCGGCCGUUAAGCAUGCAAAGAUGGGGAUGGUACAGCGAUCCACUGACCAACUUUACUUUGCCGGGACUAUGUUGGAAAAGAAUCCUGAUUUGCUGAAGCGUACUUUGGACCCGGAACAGAAACGACGGGCAAACAUUGCACAUGUUGUGGAUCGAAUGCGAAAGACAGCCAAUAUAAUCAAGAGUCGUAAUUGGAGGUCCUUUACGCCAGUCGAGCACUUUCGCUACAAUUUUUUCCCAGUGAUCCCGUUUGAUUCGGCAUUGGUAGAACUGCUUCGCAAUCUGGAGAAACAUGGACUUUUCUCGGGCAAAGAAAGCCGACUGCUGAGUGACAAUGAGCAAGGUUCCCAAAGUUCCCAAACCUUGCGCUCACACUUCAUCAAGGAUCAGGUUGAUAUUUUAAUGGAAGGAAUGCCUUUCUAUUUCACGGAUGUGCCUUUCUUUCCAACGCAAGGCAUCAAAACCGCCAAUCCCCCUGUCACUGACGACAAAGGGGACGUCUUUCGAACGAAAAACACAUCCUCGUCGGAGGACAACGAUGACGCGUAUUUCGCUGUUCAUAAUGUUUUGCCAUCUCUUUGUUAUGAGAGACGGGCCUACACUUGUCCUCUUGAGCCCUGUGACGACAGGGAAGAAAGAUGGCUGACAUCUUUUGUUGAUGUUUACCGAUAUUUGGAGAAUUUGGAGAAGGUCAAGUCAAAGACGGCUUGA